AUGAGUAGGCCACAGUCUUGCAAAAGUAGAAAGAGCGAAGUCGACGAGUCCCUUUUUGGAAACAAUAAAAGAAAUGAUGUUAAAACUGCUAAAGUAGUUUAGAGUGUUAGGAAGGGAGACACUACAAAUCCAGAUGUUGUUUUAAUAGGAGAGGCAGAAUUACAAAGAAUGAAAAAUAAUGCUAUUGUAAAAACCAAGGAUGAAUAAUUGUAUUAGAAGAAACUCUUAGAGGAACAAAAGGAAAAGCAAAUGACAGCUGCUAAGGCUAAGAAAUAGAAAAUGAUCCAAUUGGAAGAAGAAAAAAAGAAGCAAAUUCCUUUGACUGCACAACAACAGGAAGAUAAGGUAGUCAAGGACAGUCUUAAUGCAAGGGCUGCUGAAAUUUUGAAUGAACAGUUAGAUGACGUUAAAGAGAUGAACAAGAUGGUUAUGUAUGCCAAGUGUGUUACAAUCAGAGACAAACAACUCUAAGAAAAACAGUAAUUGAAGGAAGAAUUCAAAAAUUAAGAGAAACGAAAAGAUCUUAUGAUGGAAAUUGAAAGACUUAAAUCAGUUAAAUAUUAUGAAGAAAAAGAUGUCGUUCAUAAAUAAGAAUUGAAAGAAGGUCAUGGCAUUAUUGUAGAACAAAUUAAAGAGAGAGAGUUGAUUAGACUCAAGGAAAAAGAGGAAUAGGAGAGAGAAGGCUAAGUGAUGAUCAAGCAAAUCAAAUAAGUUCAAAUUGAAGAUCAACAAAAAAAUCUAUAAAGGAAACAUAUGUAGAAGAAGUUACAGGAUGAAAUUUUAGAAGCCAAUUCAAAAGCCAUUGUUGUUAAAGAAAAGAGAAGAUUGGAAGAGAAGGAAGAAGAAGAAAAAAUUGCCAAAUACAAUCUAGAAAAGGCAUAGAAAGAUGCAGAAAUCAUAGAGGAAUAGAGGAGAAUCAAAGAAGAAAAAGAAAGAGAUGUUUAAAGAUUAAGAGAAAUGCAAGAGAAAGCCUAAGAUAGAUAAGCUGAAUUGGAUUUAUUAAGAGCCAAAAGAGCCAUGGAAUAAAAUGAAAGAGCUGCCAGAGAAAAAGAAAGAAAAGAAGCAGAACUCAGAUAAAAAUUAAACUCAGAAUUAUAUUAAGCAAGAAAAGUUCAAUAGAAUGAAAAAUAAGAAAAGUUAGAAGAAUAAGCUAGACUAGAAAGGGAUGAAUUCCAAAGGGUUAUUCAAAAGCAAAAGCAAGAGCGUGAAAAUGAACUUAGAUUAUAGUAAGAGAAAGAACAUUUGGUUAAAAAACAUGCUGAAGAGUUGAGAAAAUAGAUCUCUAUGAAUGAAGAAAAAAGAAAGUAAGAGGAAAGAGAUAAACUUGAAGAAGGAAAAAAGAUUAGAGAUAAAAUGAUUAAUGAGAAGAAAUUAUUAGAGAAUAUCAAGGAUUAGAAAUUGAAAGGACUCAAUGAUAAUACAAUACCUGAUAAAUAUAAGGCUGAAUUAGCAAAGAAGAAAAUCAAUAUCCAAAUAUGAUUCAUCACAGAUGCACAUAAAAACUAUAUAUUAAUCCAUUAAUAUAUUUA